GAGUGUGGAGGGAAGUGAGAAGGGAGGGAGGGGACUUAAAGCCCUGCAGCGGCAUGGGGAAGGAGGCCACUUGUCCUCUCUGGGAAAGGACUCACUCGGACCUCCUCCCUUUGCAGAGCCACUUUGAAUAGCUUUGAGUGGGGUCUAGUGAAGGUGGCUCUUCAUCGCUUCCGGAUGGACUACCAGAAUUCUGCUGCUGUCGUUUCUCAGCUUUUCUUGCUGGCUGGGUCUUUAAAGGGCAAUUGUUGAUGCCCUUUGAACUCACCAACGUGCUGUCUGAUCACUUUGGAAGUCUUCAAUCUGGACUGUAGCUGCCUCUCCUUUCUCCUGCAAGCCCUCCCCUUCUCUGGACUGAGGUCACCUGCUAAGACAAUGGACUACCAGCCCGACUCCCAGAAAUCAUGUUGGUAGGAUCCCAGUCCUCCUCCCCGGGAGGGCCCAAUGGCAUCAUUAGAAGCCAGUCAUUCGCGGGGUUCAGCGGCCUUCAGGAGCGGCGAUCCAGAUGUAACUCCUUCAUUGAAAAUUCCUCUGCUCUCAAGAAGCCACAGGCCAAACUGAAGAAAAUGCACAAUUUAGGACACAAAAACAACAGCCCUCCCAAAGAGCCUCAGCCCAACAGAGUGGAAGAGGUCUACAGGGCCUUGAAAAGUGGACUCAAUGAAUAUCUGGAGGGUCACCAGACAGAGUUAGACAAGUUGACAGCUCAAUUAAAAGAUAUGAAAAGAAACUCUCGCCUGGGUGUGCUGUAUGACCUAGACAAGCAAAUUAAAACGAUUGAAAGAUACAUGAGACGCCUGGAGUUUCACAUUAGUAAGGUCGAUGAGCUCUAUGAAGCUUAUUGUAUCCAAAGACGCCUCCAAGAUGGUGCCAACAAAAUGAAGCAAGCCUUCGCAAUGUCCCCUGCCAGCAAGGCCGCCCGGGAGAGUCUCUCAGAGGUCCACCGGAGCUACAAAGAGUACACAGAGAAUAUGUGCACCAUUGAAGCGGAGCUAGAGAGUCUGCUGGGGGAGUUCUCCAUCAAGAUGAAAGGUCUGGCCGGCUUCGCUCGCCUCUGUCCUGGAGAUCAGUAUGAGAUUUUCAUGAAGUAUGGCCGGCAGAGGUGGAAACUGAAAGGCAAAAUAGAAGUGAAUGGCAAGCAGAGCUGGGACGGAGAGGAAAUGGUGUUCCUGCCCCUGAUCGCUGGACUGAUCUCCAUCAAGGUCACAGAGGUCAAAGGGCUGGCAAACCACCUCCUGGUCGGCAGCGUGACCUGUGAGACCAAAGAGCUGUUUGCAGCCCGGCCUCAAGUGCUGGCUGUUGACAUCAAUGACCUUGGCACCGUCAAACUGAACCUGGAAAUCGCUUGGUACCCAUUUGACGUGGAGGACGUGACCACAUCCUCGGGCACUGGGAACAAGGCGGCAGCCCUCCAGAGGAGGAUGUCCAUAUACAGCCAGGGCACCCCAGAAACGCCCACCUUCAAAGAUCACUCUUUCUUCUCUAAUCUACCUGAUGACAUCUUCGAGCAGGGAAAGGUGGCCGAGCAGAAAAUGCCACUGUCUCUCAGCUUCAGCGACCUGCCGGAUGGGGACUGUGCCCUUGUCCCCAGCCCAGCUGGCUCUCUCUCCAGCACAUGCUCAGCAAAUCCAGAAGUCACCAUCACCCCUGCGAAGCUGCACCGUGGCAGCCUGUCCUCCCAGAAUGAGGGCACAGAUGACUCCAGCUCAGCGUGUUCCAGGACCUCCUCGGGAGGCAGCCAAGGGCCAAAGCCUCACCUUCAGGAAGACACAGAGGGGUCCAGAAAAGCAGAGGCCCACCGGGCGUCCACAGGUGCCUCUGCCGAGCGCCUAUUCCUUGAGAAGGACGUCACAGUGGCACUUAUGCAAGAGUCCGAUGAGGCCUCUGAGCUCAAGCCUGUGGAACUGGACACUUUUGAAGGCAACAUCACAAAGCAGCUAGUCAAGAGGCUCACCUCAGCCGAGGUGCCGGCAGCCACGGAAAAGCUGCUCUUCGAGGGGUCUGUCAGUGGAGAAUCCGAAGGCUGUCGAUCCUUUCUAGACGGCAGCUUAGAGGAUGCCUUUCAUGGGCUUUUCCUUGCACUGGAACCACAUAAAGAGCAGUAUAAGGAGUUUCAGGAUCUGAACCAAGAAGUCAUGCAUUUGGACGAUAUUCUAAAAUGCAAGCCCACAGGAAGCCGCAGCAGGUCUUCCAGCUUAAGUCUUACAGUUGAGAGUGCUUUAGAAAGCUUUGAUUUCCUGAACACCUCUGAUUUUGACGAGGAGGAGGAUGGUGAUGAGGUUUGUACUAUUGGAGGAGGUGCCGACUCAGUAUUUUCAGACAUUGAGACUGAGAAAAAUAGUUACAGAUCUGUACACCCAGAGGCCAGGGGGCAUCUUAGCGAGGCGCUGACUGAGGACACAGGAGUCGGGACUAGUGUGGCAGGCAGCCCUCUCCCACUCACCACGGGAAAUGAAAGCCUGGACAUCACCAUCGUCAGGCACCUACAGUACUGCACCCAACUCGUUCAGCAAAUUGUUUUCUCGAGCAAAACCCCUUUUGUGGCGAGAAAUCUCUUAGAGAAGCUUUCUAGGCAAAUUCAGGUGAUGGAGAAACUCUCAGCGGUCAGUGACGAGAACACAGGGAACAUCAGUUCUGUCGUGGAAGCCAUUCCAGAAUUCCACAAAAAGAUGUCUUUGCUGUCAUUCUGGACCAAGUGCUGCAGCCCAGUUGGUGUCUAUCACAGCUCAGCUGACAGAGUGAUUAAGCAGCUGGAAGCCAGCUUUGCCGGAAGUGUCAACAGAGACUAUCCAGGACUUGCAGACCCAGUGUUUCGAACCUUGGUGUCCCAAAUCCUGGACCGGGCUGAGCCUUUGCUUUCCUCCAGCCUGUCCUCAGAGGUCAUCACUGUUUUCCAGUAUUACAGUUACUUCACCAGCCACGGUGUGAGCGACCUGGAGAGUUACCUGAACCAGCUGGCCAAGCAAGUUUCCAUAGUGCAGACUCUGCAAUCACUGAGAGACGGAAAACUGCUUCGGGCCCUGAGCGGCCUGGCACCCGGCAGCCUCCCAGCCCAGCAGGACGUGCUCAGGGCUCUGGCCCUGCUCUUAACCGGGGAGGACGAUGGAGUCAGCGAGGCCGUGAGGCUUUACCUGGUGGCAGCCGCAGGAAACGAGCAUUUCCGGGAAAAGGCCUUGCUCUAUUACUGUGAAGCACUAACAAGGACAGACCUCCAUCUCCAGAAGGCAGCCUGCCUGGCCCUGAAAAGCCUGGAGGCUACUGAAAGCAUUAAAAUGCUGGUGACACUGUGUCAGUCCGACACUGAAGAAAUCAGAAAUGUGGCCUCGGAAACCCUCUUGUCUCUUGGAGAAGAUGGGCGACUGGCAUAUGAACAAUUGGACAAAUUUCCUCGAGACUGUGUUAAAGUUGGAGGUCGUCAUGGAACUGAAGUGGCCACAGCCUUUUAAUUACCAGUUGGCUCUGCCUAACAGCUGUCUUAAUUAGUGGCCCUAUUAAUCAAGAGGGUGCUGUGAUUUAGCUGGAAUGUCUUUAAAUUUAAAGAGUUCUGUUCAGGUUGUCUGGAAAUCUAGCAUGUUGUAGAAAGAAUUAACAGUCAGUUUCACAGCAUCCACCUGCUUUUCCUUUGGCCAGUACAAUAGGGCUUCUUGUGACUAACAGAUUACAUCAUUCAUUGCGUCUGACCAUGCUUAAUGAGUCUGUCAUAUCAAAUAUAUAUGGAAUUUUAAAAUAGCCAUCUUUGUACUUUUUUGGAAGUUCUUCUAUGAGCUUGAAACAGUCCCGUGAUACUUUGAUAAAUAUCAUAUGCCUUGCAGUUUUUCUCUGUCGUGCUCUCAGGGUUGAGUGGCCCCCUAAGCUACCUAAUUUUACCUUAAAUGCAAAGCACAAAAUAUAAUUUCUUCAAAUAAAAGUUUGCCUGCAGAACCUGGUAAAAUGACACAUUGUAAGAGUUAAAUGUUUUUUUCUUUCAUUUUUUUCAAACCUCCGCUAUUUCUCUUCUUCAUUGUGAAAAUUCAAAAAGCAUGUUUUCAUUAUGAUAAAAAGACAGGCAGAUGACUACAAACUACCUUAAUAAGAUUAUAUCCAUAUACAUUUAAAAAAAAAAAACAACACGCAAAGCUUAAGCUUUUUUUUUUUUUUUUUUAAGAGCCUUUUUUUAUACUUUUACAAUUGAGGUAUUUUGCUGCUGAAACUAAUCAAAACCAAAAGUCAUGGAUUCAGAAAGCUGGGAUGCUCUUUGAGGUGGAAUAACUCUCAGAAGUUGGAAGAAUCCUAAUGGAGUGGGAGCAGAGGGACAUUAAAAGUGGUCCUUGCUUCUAUAAAAGCUACCAGGAGGUUAGGAAGAAACCUCCCCUGAGGAAUGGUUACUGCCCCGAGAAAGCACUUCCCACUGAGAGGAUCCCUUAGCCAAACGGUUAACAGCGCCUGUUAUUGCGGAAAUCAAGGUAGCAAGUCCAUGAAACAAAGUACAAGACCACUCAGUAGCUUCUAUUAAAUAAUUUUUCUUCCUCUUAAGAAUAUACGAGGUAGGAUAUGCCAAAAUAGCAAAAGAAUACAUGUGAGUAUAACUUAAACUGUGGAAUAUUAACUGUAUUCUGGAUGUGUUUGUACAAAAUACCACUUAGAUAGCAUUUUAAAUAUUUACAUUUUAGCAAGACCUUUAAAAACAACUCAUUUCAUUUUAAAGUUGUCAGGUUUCCUGGCAAAUAGUCCUUUUAACUGUGAAAUUAUGUGUAUAUAUAUUUGUAUAUUUAUAAAUAUUAUAUAAAUAUAUCCUUCAUUUUAAAAGUACAUUGUACAGUCUAUAGUUAGUAUGCAUAGUCUGUAGUCUCUGUUAAAUGGUUGAAAUGGGUCUUUUUAUAGAAAAUCAAAUCAUAAAUGUUACAGUUUUUGGUUUGGUUUUUUAUUUUUUGAAUAUUGCAUGAAUAACUCCAUUAUCUUUUGUAUUCACUUGUGCAUUUUAUUUUUUGUUUGAAGGGGUGCUUAGUUUUGUGGCAUUUGUAUUCACUGUUUCA